GUCAUCAUGAAGACGACAGUUUGUGGGGCGGCGGUAGUAGGCGCGUGGCGCGUGUCAGAGUUGUGCGCACGUGCUGGGGCUGGAGCCGGAGCCGGAGUCGGAGCCGGAGCCAUAGGCAUGAGCUGCCCGGUGACUUGCGCCGCCUGGGUGCGCAGGGGGGUUGCCAGGGAAACGCCCGACAAGGUGCGGCUCAGCGCGGAGGAGCUGAAGCGGCUCAUCGGGGAGGCCGCGGAGACGCUGCGAGAAGAAGCAGAUGGGAGUGAUGAAGAAGAACAUGGACAGGCAGCAGAAGACAUCAUGGGUGUUGCUAGUGGUGAGACAGUUGAGCCUCCUCAAGAAGAUGAGGACCAGGAAGAAGACACUGAAAAGCUGAAUGAUGAUGAGCUGGCAGAGUAUGGUUUGGAUAAAUAUGAUGAAGAGGAGAAUACAGAUGCUGUGAGCCUGGGAGACACCUUAGCCGGUCUUACGGUGUAUGGGAGUAAUGAAUGUGAUCCUUACGUCACUAUUAAAGAUACUGAACAAUAUGAGCAAGAAGAUUUUUUGAUUAAGCCCAGUGACAAUUUGAUCAUUUGUGGAAGAGUUGAUAAGGACCACUGCAGUCUAGAGGUUCACCUUUAUAAUCAUGAAGAGGACUCAUUUUAUGUACACCAUGAUAUCCUCUUACCUGCAUACCCUCUAAGUGUGGAGUGGCUUAAUUUUGAUCCUAAUCCUGAUGAAUCUCCAGGAAAUUAUGUUGCAGUGGGUAAUAUGACCCCUGUUAUUGAGGUCUGGGACCUUGAUAUAGUGGAUUCUCUAGAGCCAGUCUUUUCCCUUGGAAGUAAAAAAGAAAAGAAGAAGAAGAAAAAGGGAAAGAAGAAUUCAUCUACAGAAGGGAAUCAGGAUGGGCAUACUGAUGCAGUUCUUGACCUUUCAUGGAAUAAGCAAAACAGAAAUGUGUUAGCAAGUGCUUCAGCUGACAACACUGUAAUUCUGUGGGAUAUGUCCAUGGGUAAACCAGCGGCGAACCUUACUUUACAUAUGGACAAGGUCCAGACACUACAGUUUCAUCCAUUUGAAACACAGACCCUUGUUUCUGGAUCUUAUGAUAAGUCUGCUGUCCUGUAUGAUUGUAGAAGUCCACAGGAUAACCAUCGAAUCUGGCGGUUUAGUGGACAGGUUGAGAGGGUGACUUGGAAUCAUUUUUCACCUUGUAACUUCUUAGCUAGCACAGAAGAUGGCUUUGUGUACUGUCUAGAUGCUCGUUCCGAUAAGCCACUUUUUACUCUGAAGGCUCAUAAUGAGGAAGUAUCUGGACUCCAAUUAAGCAGUCAGAUCAAAGGGUGCCUUGUGACAUCAUCCGCUGACAAAUAUGUGAAAAUUUGGGAUAUACUGGGAGACAAACCAAGUCUGAUCCAUUCCAGGGAUAUGAAAAUGGGUGUUCUCUUCUGUGCAGCUUGUUGCCCUGAUUUGCCAUUUGUCUAUGCCUUUGGAGGAGAAAGAGAAGGGCUUCGAAUCUGGGAUAUAAGCAGUAUUUCUGCAGUGAAUGAAGUUUUUGGAAGCAGAGAGAGGUUGGUAGCUGCCACUACAAACUCUGCAACUAGCGGCUCCUUUGCCAGCAGUAGCAACAGAAGUCCAGGAGCAGAAAUGGAAUCAUGACGGAUCAUACCUCACAUAGAUGGUAUAUAAAUGCAAAACAUCAAUCCAGAGUAUACUUUGGGAUUACAGUUAAUAUGUACUCUGCACCCACUGGUUUGGAAAGUAUUCAUGGAAGUUUAUCAAGUUUCCUGUAAUCUGCAGCUUUUUUUCAUGUUGUGGGAGGAAAACAUGGUCUUGUGGUUAAGAUAUAGGAGUCGGAAGUGAUGGGUUCCUGCCUCUCACUGACUUGGAAAAAUUAAGUAACAUGCCUGCACUUUGCUUUACCUAGCACUGAAAUGGGGCUAGCACAUCACAUGUGCGUUUGUAAACUUCACUUGUAAAGUGAUGCAUCUUUGGCAGGAAAGCACUGUGCUGCUGUAGAGUGUAUAAAAAGGAUUGUAACAAAUGGAUUUCUCUUUAGUUGCAAAUGAAAACUACUUCAACUGAAAAUUGCUACAGUACUUAAGUCAAGGGCUGAACAAAAACUCUUUUAGUGUAAGUAGUCAAACAAUGCUUAAGUUCCCCCAGAGUAAGCUGAGGAUGGACUGUUUAACAAAUUUCCAAUAUCGCUUUUCAAAGAUUAACAUUUUACUUUAAAUCUCAUAGAACAGUGUUUUUCAACUGGUGGAUGGCAAUUGGGGGCUGUGAAGCAUUGUAAAACUACCAUACAAUCUAAAGCAAAGAAAAUCUCACUCCCUGUACACCUUUACCCUUCAACGUCAACUGUUCUGUAAGCUUCUCGAUACACACAAAUUACACAGGUUUAUUGUUGUGAUAUUGA